GGUGAAAAUGUGCCUAAGGCUUAAUUAUAUAUUCACCCUUGAAGGUAUAGAACCUUUGGAAAAUAGGAUACAGUUUCUCUUUGGUUCGAACUUCCAAACUUGAGAGCUUGUUUGUGUUCAGUGUUCACUCUUCAAUGGCCGCCGACAACAAACCCUCCGCCGGUGGCAAGAAGAGGAAGCAGCGUUUUCUUCCCCACAACAAGCCAGUAAAGAAGAAGGGUCAUUACCCAUUACGCCCAGGGGUUCAAGGUUUCUUUAUCACCUGUGAUGGCGGCCGAGAGCGCCAAGCCUCCAUUGAAGCAAUCAACGUUAUUGACUCCUUUUUCGACGAGUUAGCCCAUGGAAAGAACUGUGGUGUGAAGCUGACAGAAUUAGCUGAUAAACCUUUAAACAAAAAAAUUAAGUUUUCAGAUUCUGAGUCUUCUAGUUCAGACGAUGAUGAUAAUGAGGAGGAGGAGGAGGAGAAGGGCGAUGAUGAUGAAAAUAAGAAGGUUCCUGAGGAAGGGUCUAAGUCCCCCAAGGAGCAAAAUGAACCUUCUAAUGAAAAUGAAACAACUGACGUUGUCAAUCCUAAUCAAGAGGAGACUGUAGCUCCUGAAAAUCAAAAAGAGGAAAAAUCGAAUGACAAUGAAAGGGAUAUGAAGUGUCCUGAAGUUCCAUCGGAGGAAGUUGAGGAGCCACCAAAUAAGAAACACUGCGUUGAAGCAGAUGCAUCAAAAAGUAAUAUAAAAGAAAAAGAGAAGUCCAUUGAUCAAUUGAUUGAGGCUGAACUUCAGGAAUUGGGAGACAAGACCAAGAGACGUUUUUUCAAUCUUGAUUCGGGAUGUAAUGGUGUUGUCUUUAUCCAAAUGCGGAAGAAUGAUGGAGAACCUGGCCCUAAGGCUGUUGUGCAGCAUAUGAUGACAUCUAUUGCUUCAACAAGGAAACACAUAUCAAGGUUCAUACUUAGAAUUCUGCCAAUUGAAGUGGCAUGCUACGCUUCUGUAGAGGAGAUCACGAGGGCAAUAAAGCCUUUAAUAGAAAAGAACUUCCCUAUUGAAAGUCAAAAUGCUGUAAAGUUUGCAGUAUUGUAUGAGGCCCGUGCAAAUACUGGCAUUGACAGAGCAACUAUAAUUAAUACGGUAGCAAAAGCUGUUCCUGAGCCUCAUAAAGUUGAUUUGAACAAUCCUGAAAAAACCAUUGUGGUUGAGAUUGUCAAGACGAUUUGCUUGAUUGGAGUAGUGGAGAAGUAUAAGGAGUUUUCCAAGUACAAUCUGAGGCAGCUUACAUCAAGAAAGCAAUAGGAUAGGUUAUUUAUUUGUUUUUCAUGUUUGUUUCAGCUUUGGGUACUUUUUAACGUUAAAAUGUAUGCAACACUUAGCUUGGUGUAUCGUUAGUUUAGAAAAUUUUGGAACCAAACAAUCAUAUUAUAUAGUUGCCUGUUGGCAUAUAACGAAAUCUGAUAACAUUAGAUGCUUCUUGAAA